CUCAAUCAUUCACGGCCUAUCUCUCCAACUGCCAUGACCGCUUCUUCCUCCAUCUCCAGAACCUUCCUCUUGACUCUCAUCCUCCCCAGCAUCUGCCACCACAGCCAAAGCCUUCCUCUCAUCUCAAUCUCCUCCGCCUCCUCACUCUCCUCAAUCUUCCCUUAUCUUUUUCCCCUUCCUCAUCUGCAAUCUAACCCUCAAAUUGCUGCUGUGAAUCCCUUGUCCAAGGAGUUUCAAGUAAAACAAGUUUCAUUUUGCUAGAUUCCAACAAUUUUAUUCUCUGGAAGCUGAAUCUGAAUGGGUCAGUGAAGGGGGAGUUGUGGCAGAGCUUUUCGAUUAUGCUAUGGAUACCCUUCUCCUGGAUAAGAAAUUAGGAGCCGAACUCAGAUUUCCUAAAUUUUUUGCUAGCAACCGGUCGAGAUCCUUGAUCACCAAAUGGGUCGUCGUCUUCAAGAGGAGUGUGCGCAGAUAUGAAUCGUCCAAGAUUUUGGAGAUAUCAAAUCCAAGUCAGAUUGAUUUUACUCUUGCCGCCCUCAGUUCUAUCUCUGCCACUGAUUUAGAAUCCCGAUCGCUGCCUUCUUUAUUUGUUCUUCAGGGAUUUGGAGUUUUCUCUUUGCACCAACACUCUAUGACAAUCGUUGUUGCCCUUCAGCUCGUGCUUGAGUAUACUUCCAAAGCCGAGGCCAAAGCAGUAGAGGAGAUGACAUCGGAGAAGGAGAUAAAGAGACGGAGAGGGGGCGGCGGCGGCGGAUUUGGUGACAGAGAAUAUUCUGGAUCUGAACGAGGAAGGCUUGACGGUGGCAACAGAUGCAGGAGAAGAGCUAGUUUUUGGCUAUGGCAUUCUGGAUUUCUCCAUGGAGCUUGUGGCUAUGGUGGUUCUGCGUUUGGCUUUAGGGUAUAUGGAAUCAGAGAGAGACGUUUGGAGAGAGGAUGGAGAAAAUGAUCAAAAGAGUUAGGUUAAUUUAGGGAGCUUUUUUCAUGCAACUUUCAAAAUUCUAGUUAUUUUUUUAUUUCCCGAAAAGUUGCUAUUAUUGUUACAAACGCGAAAGUUUGGCUAUACAAAUGUAUUUUGCAUUUAUUUUUUAACAUAUAUGAAAAUAGAAUCAUUGUGCAGAUCACUUUAGAUUUUAUUCUUUUGAAAUACAAAUAUCUAAAUUCAUAGUUGAAAUGAAAUAAGGGUUAAUAC